UGAUAGCCAUCUCUCGGUUUCGGGUGAUUAUGUAUGCAUUGGCAGUUGGAGGCGCUGCAAACGUUAAUUCAACCAAACGCACGCACUCACACGCUCGAGCACACUUACACACAAGUUGUGUAUGUACAUACGCACACCGAUAUAUAUAUAUAAGAGAGUACAAGCAUUAGCGAAUGCGAAGUGAAACAUUUAAAACUUACAGCAUAUGCUACGCUCACAAACGCAUCGCAAGUCUGACAUCUUAGUUUUUACCAUUUUCUAAAUUCUCUCGAUUGUGUGACAACUUCUUUUUUUUUGUUUCUCCACAUUUUCAUGCACGUAGAUAAAUCCGAUUGAAAAACGAGUCUUCUUUUUUUCCUCAAUAAGUUUUUUAAUUUGUACAUUUAGAUUAAUAGAUUAAUAACGAAUCCGAUCAAAAUGAAAACAAUAACGAAUUGAUCAAGUGAAGUUACGAAUAAUCAAAGCGCAUGAAAAUGUUUCAAUAAUAUACGAUAAUAUUUUCGACGACUUUUUUUUUAAACAAUUGAGCUCACCAAUAUAUUUCCUUUGGCAUUUUCUCCUCAUAAUAUUUUUUUUCUUCUUUCUCUUUUGUAUUUGCCUUCGUUGGUUUUGGGUUCAAUUAGUGUACAUAUAGUUUGUCUAGCAUUAAAACAAUAAGAAAAAAAAAUUGUGUAGCGUAUACGUGUUUGAUGUGUAUUUGUGAUUUCGGGCAAAAAUAUUGCCAUUACUUACGUCGCCGUGUUGCUCGUAUGUGUGUUGCGAAAUUUAAUGCCAAUUAAAAAAAGUGAGUUUUCAUCAACCAAUUACAACCGUGGAAAAUAGCAUCAACAACUAAAUAUCAAAUAAAAUCGAGAAAGCACGAGUAAAACAGAGAAAAAAAAGAAUAGGGAUAGAUUGAGUGUGAGAGAUAGAGAGAGCGCGCGCGUAAAGGUGACGCGACCAAAAUUCCCAUCAUGGAGAAAAUGGAAGUGGAUGAUGUGGUGGAUUUGAGUAUAGGCCGAGAAUCGGCAGUUUCAUUAUCCAAUGCAACAGUACGUGAUUUACGUGCAUUAACACAGAAUGCCGGUUUAACUAUCACACCGGCACCACCAUCCGUCAAUAAUGAACCCUACAGUAGACGCGUAUUACGGCCAAGAACUGAACCAAAAUCAUACGCGGAAGCACCUGAUAUAGUUUUACUGCCAGCCAAAAUAAAUGGCCGCCAACAGAACGGCAACAUCGACUCGGACACAGACGAUGAGGAAAUGCCACCGAUUAUUGCGAUUAAGGAAUUAUCUGCGGCUGAAAUAUGGGAGCGAGAUAGAGGACUGAGGAAAUUGAGAGAAGAGCUGAGAAAUGAAGAGACCAAAUUGGUUUUGCUGAAAAAGCUGAAACAAUCGCAGCAAGUGAUGAAAGAGAAUCUAAUUGUGACCCACACAAAUGCUUCGAACAGUUCGAAUCCAUUGGUGGAAAUUCCAGCAGCUUUGUCACUUUCAUCGAAGGGCUCGCUAAGUGUAACACCUGCACCGCCACCAUCAUCAUCAAAUCUCCAAAUUACAGCUCAUUCAAAGUCCAAUCGAAACUCUUCUCCGUUGAUUCGACAACCGAGUGGCAGCGGAAGCUCGAGAACAAGUGUGAAUGCAAUACCACCAACACGUUCAUCAUUGCCAGGCGGCGCUACAUUGACACCCGGAGGGCCACCAAGUCAUCGGUCGCCAUAUGGACAGACGCGGACUGGUACUAAUUUGACAAUAACGCCAUCUGUAACAAUCACACCAACAACAGUUCCGCCGAGAAAAGAUGUUAUGCAAAUAAAUCUGUUGGACAAUGCAUCGAAAUUGAAUCAAGUGAGCAGUUCUGUUUCGAUAACACCGGCUCCACCGCAUAUAUCUUCGAAUAACGAUCAGCUGAGCAAGAAUGACCGGUCGAGUUCAAGAGAAGAGGCGCAAACGCCAGCACAGCGUCAAGCGGCUGCAAAAUUGGCAUUGCGCAAACAAUUAGAAAAGACUUUGUUGCAAAUUCCACCACCAAAACCACCACCGCCAGAGAUGAACUUCAUUCCAAAUCCAAGCAAUACGGAAUUUGUGUAUUUGCUCGGUUUGGAAACGGUCGUCGACUACUUGACCAAGGAGAAAAAUACGCAACCACCGCCGCAGCAGCCGUACCGUUGUUCGCAAUGUAAAAUUGACUUUACGCCGCUAUGGAAAUGGGAGAAACAAGGCAAAACCGUCAAUGCUACCUUUACAAAUGCGCCAAUUGGCAAAGAUUCAAAGAUUAUUUGUGAGCAAUGCGUUACGACCAAUGUAAAGAAAGCGUUGAAGGCUGAGCACACGAAUCGACUGAAAACAGCAUUUGUUAAAGCGUUGCAACAAGAGCAAGAGAUCGAACAACGCUUGGCAACACAAAGCAGCCCCUCACCCACAUCACAUUCGUCGCAUUCGUUUACCCAAUCACCGUCUGUGACGGCCACACCGGUAACAAUAACGCCGCAUCCGGCACCGGCUAAAUCACAAACGCCCACACAACGACCGACGCCUCCUCUACCAUUACCCAGCAAAUCGGCAACACCGCCAACGACUUCGAGAUCGUCUCGGAAUCAGCAACAAUCCGCUUCGCAACAAUCCUCUAUUCAACAAGCGUCUCUGUCACAGUCGUCAGCGUCAUUACAACAGCAGCAGCAACAACAACAACAACAACAACAACAACAGCAACAACAACAACAACAACAACAACAACAACAGCAACAGCAACAGCAGCAGCAACAACAAUUGCAACAAAGUGAAGCGGCAAACUCGGCCGCUGCUGCUGCUCAACUGAAUGCGCUCGCCAAUCUUGCUGGUUUACAGCAGGUUGGGAAUCUUGGUGCUCUAGGUGCGCUAGGUGGUCUUGGUAAUUUGGGCAAUUUAUCUAGUUUAGGGAAUUUGGGCAGUCUUGCGGGACUUGGCGGAAAUUUGGGUAGUGCACAGGCCGCACAGGCUGCACAGGCACAGCUUGCGAUGGUUUUCCAACAACAAUUACUGCGAGGGUUGCAAGGAAUGGGUGGAAAUCCAGCAGCCGCAGCUGCUGCAAAUGCGGCUCAUUUAAUGCAAUUCAAUCCAUUGUAUGUACAAAUGUAUCAAUUACAAAUGGCACAAGCGGCACUUGGAAAGAAAUCAUCCUCGUCCAAAAACAAUAUGCAAAAUACCAAUUUAGAUAUUCAGCGUUUGGCUGAAAUUCAACGUCAAUAUCUCUUGGAACUCACUCAACAAAAUCAGCAUGCAUCGGGCUCUAGCAGUCGUCAAAACAAUUGGAAGCCAUAACCAUUUGGUGUGUGACACAGAAUUGAUAUUCUAAAAGCAUUCAACUAACAAAAUACAAAAUCAUUUUACUGCAAUAGUCUUUACAACACAAUACGGAAUAGAGAUGAAAUGAAAGAAAAAAAAUGUAAGCGAGAACAAAAAAGUAACGUCGAAAAUCAUAACGAAAGAGAAAAAGAACAGUAAAAAAACAACAUUUGCUCGAACAUUUUGUUUAUUUUAAAUUUUUAUCGAGAGAGAGAAAAGGAAGAUGGAAAAAAUGUGUAGAAAAACAAGAAAAAAUUAUUCUUUAUAUUUGAAUUUCCACAAAGAAAAGAUAGGAAUAAUUUUUAGGAAUAAUUAUGAGUAAUCAAGGCAUGUUCAAUACACACACACAGAGAAACACUACAUUUUAUCUCGACUUAUUUCAUAAAUUUGUACAUAAAUUAGUAUGGUGAGAGAAUAAGUUUCCCCCUCCUACCCGGCACCGGAAUAUUUAAAAAAAAGAGAGAGAAAAAGUGAAAUGCAGUUAGAUGUUGUGACGACACACGCACGAUUUUUGAGUGAAUUUUUGGUGAUCGCUUUUACAUAAAUAUAUUUCACUGUUUGUGACGUACACGAUGCGGCAUUGAAAAAGAGGAAACAAUAGAAAUGAUAGAAUAAAAUUUAAAACAAAGAAGAUAAAAAA